AUGACGCUUCCUAUUUUCAGGGAGUUGCUAACUGUCCUGCUGUUCCUGCUGUCUGCUGCCUCUGCAGAAGACGUGCGGAUAUCUGGCGGGAAGCCAUGUACCCCCCAUUCACAGCCAUGGCAGGCGGCUCUUUUUUCUGGCUUUUCCAUGAAAUGUGGCGGGACCUUGAUCCACAAGUCCUGGGUACUGAGUGCUGCCCAUUGUAAAAUGAAAAAGCCAUUUUUCAUUCGCCUCGGAGAGCACAACCUCAAGCGGGUGGACUGGUCUGAGCAGCUCAAAAUCGCCUCCAAAGUCAUCAUCCAUCCUGGCUACAACCCGCAAACGAAGAACAAUGACAUCAUGCUGGUUAAGCUUCUGCUUCCGGCGUGUAUCAAGGACAAAGUCCAAACCCUUCCCUUGCCCACCAGUUGCCCGGUGCCUGGGACGGAAUGCCUUGUGUCUGGAUGGGGCACGACAACGAGCCCGCAAGUAAAUCUUCCCAACGACUUGCACUGUACAAACAUCUCCAUCAUCGAUCAUCAGGUCUGCCAGUCCAUCUACCCUAAUUACAUCACUGAGAACAUGGUAUGCGCCGGAAGGUUGGAAGGUGGUGCAGAUUCUUGUCAGGGUGACUCGGGUGGUCCCCUUGUCUGCGAUGGGAAACUGCAAGGGAUCGUGUCCUGGGGUCCUGAAAUAUGUGCACAACCAAAUAGUCCUGGAGUCUAUGUUAACGUCUGCAAAUACGUGGAUUGGAUCCAAGAAACUAUCCGAAACAAUUGA